AUGGUGGGGAUUACACAGCCGACAAACCGGGAGCAUGUAAACGCGGAUGGAGUUCGGGAUUUAUUGCAAAAUAAGGGAAAGAUGACUGUCUUCUCUUUGUGUCUCCUAUUGUGCGCAGAUCUACUGGAUUUAGCUGUUGGAUAUUUGACAGUAACCAUUGAGCCCCUUCCUCCUGUUGUUGUGGGAGAGACUGUCACCCUGAAGUGCAACUUCAAGACUGAUGGAAGACUUCGAGAGAUUGUGUGGUAUAGGGUCACAGACGGGGGCACCAUUAAGCAGAAAAUCUUCACCUACGAUGCUAUGUUUAAUACCAAUUACUCUCAUAUGGAGGACUACCGCAAAAGGGAAGACCUUGUCUACCAAUCUACAGUUCGGCUCCCAGAGGUACGGAUCUCGGACAAUGGACCGUAUGAAUGCCACGUGGGCAUCUACGACCGAGCGACGAGAGAAAAGGUGGUCUUGGCAUCGGGAAACGUCUUUCUCACCGUUAUGUCACCUCCAAACAACAUCUCAGUUUCGGCAGAGAACUGUCCAGCUCCAUUCAGCCGGUACCAGGCCCAGAACUUCACUCUGCUGUGCACUGCAAAGGGAGGCAAACCUGCACCUUCGGUGUACUUUAAGCGGGAUGGAGAGUUGAUAGAGGUGAUAUCCUACAUCCACCCCUCAGCCGAGGACGGCGGUGGCUCAGCAGGGGUGCGGGGUGCCAGGCCACUCAUCAGCAGAGACCUGGACGACACCAAGCUGCAGAGGUCCCUCUCCCUGUUGGACCCCGAGGGCCGGCCAGCCCGCAUGUUCACCGAGAGCCCUGAGCGUCGUUGGACCCCGGGCCAGCACACCCAGGGUCGGCAGCAGAAGGAGCAGCCCAGCCCUGCCACGGAGAUCAUUCCAGAGACAGUUGUGAGCCGGGAGUUCCCUCGCUGGGUCCAGAGCACUGACCCACUCUACUACUUCAGCCACACCCACAUCUCCCAGAGUGAUGGCUCUGUGCUGGUGCAGGCCAGACUCACCUGGACCCUUAACCCCCAGCUGGACAAUGACGCCAUGUUCAGCUGUGAGGUCAAGCACCCAGCACUGUCCAUGCCCAUGCAGACAGAGGUCACACUGGCGGCUCCUAAGGGCCCCAAGCUUUUCAUGACCCCCACCAGGGCAAAGGUAGGGGAUACGGUGCGCAUCACCGUGCAAGGAUUCCAGAAUGAGGUGUUCCCUGAGCCCCUCUUCACCUGGACCCGGGUCGGGGGCCGUCUGCUUGACGGGAGUGCCGAGCGGGAUGGGAAGGAGCUGAUUCUGGAGCGAGUGCCAGCCGAACUCAACGGCUCCAUGUACCGCUGCACGGCCCAGAAUCCUCUGGGCUCCACGGACACGCACACUCGCCUCAUCGUCUUUGAAAAUCCUGCAAUGAUGAAAAACACUCAGAAUCCGAACAAUGGAGCCCCUCGCAUGGAUGUAGUCGGACUAAUAUGGAUGGUGCUGUCCCUGGCCCUCACAGUGACUGUGGAACUGACGUGA